AGCAGCUGCAGUGUUUUUUAAUAAUAAUAUUUAAAUAAAGUGUUUUAACAAUAAACAUGAUUUUAUUAAUUUUAUUCGAACUAAUAUUAAACAAAUAUUAACAAAUAUUAAAAGUAUUCAAAAUCUAGUCUAUCCGGCUAUAUAAUAAAAUAAUGUAUUUUAUUUGUAUAUAAAACUGCAAUUUGACAAAAUGUUGCAACUGCAACUCAAUGAUUUUAAAAACCCCGAACUGGAACCAAUCACCGAUGUCAUUGCUAUGGCAUCUCAAAAGCCCCUAAGUACUUUUUUGGGUAAUACUUAAAAUAAAUUAAGUUUUAUUAGUUAACAAUUUAUAUAUUUAAAUUUAUUUUUUAGAGAUGUGGUAUCAAACAUUUUUAUGGGCAUUGUUCUCGUCUAGUAUCGUUCAUGCUGUAGCAGCAAUAAUUGCUUUUGCUACACUUCAUAAACAUAAUUUUGGAAAGUAAGAUAUAAAUUGUUAUAUAUUUUUUAUAUUUAUAUGUAUGUGAUGCUAAAUUUGACUUUUUAAUAAUAGGUUUUACAUUUCAAAUUUCAAGUAAAUUAAAGCUUGUAAUUUAUUAAUGAUGUUUUUAAAUUUUUAGUUGAGUAGAGGUUGAAGUUUUGAAAUUUAAAUUAAAAUAAUUUGUAUAAUACUUAAUAUAAAAGGGUAACAUAACCCUUAAAUAAUUUGAGCUCUUGUACAAUGUCAAACAAUUUUCAGUUGUGAUAUUGUUUUGAAGAUGCAAUUUAAAACUAUAUUUGAAUUACUUAUUUAUGUUUUAGGUUUUUUCCAUUAUUAAUUUUAUUAGUCGGAAUAUUUGCUCCACUUAGUUCUGGUGUUGUUAGUAGUGCUACUAUAGCAUUUGUCUAUCGAGAGUCUGGUAUACAAAUGCAACCGUUGUAUGCAAUGUUUUGGGGAGUUGGUCAAACAUUAUUGGCAGCUGCUGUUGGUUUCACAAGAAUAUUAGCUACGUUAUAAAAUAGUUUGGAAUUGAAAUUUAAUUUGUACAUAAUCUGUAAUUAUUCGUCAUUUCAUACUUGUCUUUGUAUCACAAUUUAUGAUAUAUCUUGUGUUUUAUAUAUACCUAUAAUAUUAAUAAAUAAGAUAUGUGAUACACUGAUAUAUAUAUAUAUUAUAUUAUAAUAUAAUCAUUGUUAAAAUAUGGUACAAAUAUUUAUUUUUUUAAUAUAUAAUUAAUUUGAAUAUAUAUAUAUAUAACAUAUAUUUUUAUCUUUACUAGUUUUGUAAUAAAUUGAGUACAAAAAACUAAUUUUUUAAAUAAAUACCUAGUUAAAGAAAAUCAUGUACAAUUAUUUUGUAGAUUAAUGUUAAGGUCCAGAAGAAGCCCUUAGGCAAAUUUUUUUUUUAAAUUUUAUGUAGAAAAGAUAAAAAUAUUUGCAUGUAACAUAUUACAUUAAUACACAAAAUCAAACAAUGUGUAACUGUAUAAGUCUAUAGUGAAGUAUAAUAGGUACACUCAAGAGAAAUUAUUUAGUGACAGUUUUAUUAAUCAAUUCUGUAUUAUGAAUUAACUGAUUAUUGAUUGGAGCUACAGAACAAUUUAUUUAAAUAUCAUUGAUACACAUUUGAUUGU